GUGAGAUGUUGCAUCAUAUCCUGUAGUGUGUGAGAUCGAGAUGCAUAGUUGUGCUUUCCUGCUUGAAGCAGUCGUGCUUUUAGUAAGAAAUGAUUUGUUGCCAUGUUCAUUUUACGUUCUGUUUCGUACGGUACUGCAGGGUCUGCUACAACAACAUUUCAUUGCAUGUAUUGGAUAUGGAAGCUCUGACUGUCUCGUCACACGGCUGUUUCAUACGGUGAGCGCUCUUUCAGGAACAAUGGAGAAUAUUCAAGCAGAAGUCAGUGAUCUGAGAAGAAACCUACAAAGCGAAAGAGAAGAAAGGAUCAAGUUGCAGGUGGACAACGUGGAACUUCGUCAACUCAUCACUAAGCUUCAAGCAGACAACGCGCUUCUCAAUAGCAGUUCAAUGAUUUUGACUUCAAACGUUGCUCAAGUUCAAGGCAAUUUGGUAGUUGUGAAUGCAACUUUUGAGAUAAUGAAAGAAAAGUUGAGCAACUUGACAAGUGAAUUGCGGCAUGGAAAAGACGAAAGGAUAACACUGAAGAGUUCGACCAUGGAAUUGCUCGAAGUGACCAUGCAACUCCAACACAAUGAUGGACGUUUAAAUGAAAGUUCUAAGGCGAUAGAAGAAGAAGUAACGAGUCUUAAGAGUUUUAUGCAGAUCAAUAUUGACGAAUUAGCUGAACUUAAGAAUGUUACAGCAGAAUUACGGUUUAAUGUUGCUUCCCUUGAAGAAGAGAAUGAUGUUUUAGAGAAUACUUCUGAUGGUCUCACUGUAGCCGUUGCGCAACUAAAAGAUGACGUAAAAGCUCUCAACGUAUGUAAGACAUCGCAAUCAAACCUAAUUGAAACAAGUUCUUCGAUUCCUUUAUGCAAUGCUACAAAAGUCGGACAUUUCUAUUUGAACAACGUGACCAACGAACUGACAGUGUGUAAUGGAAACGACUGGUACAGCGUGACAAGGGGAUGUCCAUAUAAUAAUUAUGAGGGUUAUUGUGGAUAUUCGGUUUUGUCCCAUCGUUGCCAAUUGAUUUGGAAGCAUUCAUAUCUUGAGGUUGGAAAUGUUACAGACGACAUGCGCACAUUCAGUUCAUUCGACCGACCAUGCACAGACCUGUCUGUUGGAUGGUGCAACAUCGCCAAUAAAGACGCAGUACCCGGACAAGUGCAGGUAACCGCAGCCUAUCACAAGGGUCAACUAGUAUAUGCAUAUCGUGGAGAAAGGAAUACUGAAUUGGGAAAAACGUGGAGAGGAGCAAUACUCAACAACUCCUCUAAAAUAGUAGAUUUCUGCACAAACUCUAAUGGAGUGCCUCCAGAACCGACUUCCGAUGGUUAUCAAGGGCUGACAUUUGACAAGAGUAACCCUGGGGUAUACACUGGUAACUGGGACACAGACCAGUAUCAAAAGGGUUACGGUGACUGUCGCUGGGAGAAUUGUGGUCUGCCAUCAACAAUUUCCACCCAAUUCAAUCACGUGCAAAUGACUGUUGCAAUGUAUUUAUGUUGAUCACCAACGCUCUUUGUCUAGCUAGAGACUAUCCAACUAUUGCCAAAGUCAUCAAGACUCGUUGCUUAGCCUAACUAAUGCCUGCAAGCAGUACCUGUCCGUGGCAAUAAUUUUAUGUCUUAUUUAGUAUAUAUCCUGAAGCUAGACUACGUCAUCGUAAUGGAUUAUA